AUGCCUCGGCCUCUAUCUCCACAUCCAACUCCCCCAGUGGGUCUUGCUGCCCUCCGCUCUGCAGCUCCUCCUGCCCUCCACUCUGCAGCUCCUGCUGCCCUCCACUCUGCAGCUGCUGCUGCUCUCCACUCCGCAGCUCUUGCUGCUCUCGGCUCUGCAGCUCCUGCUGCCCUCCACUCUGCAGCAGCUGCUGAUCUCCUCUUUGCAGCUGCCGCUGCCCUCCGCUCUGCAGCUCCUGCUGCCCUCUGCUCUGCAGCUGCUGCUGCCCUCCCCUCUGCAGCAGUUGCUGCUGCCCUCCGCUCUGCAGCUGCUGCUGCCCUCCCCUCUGCAGCUGUAGCAGUUUGUUUCUCGCCCUUUUUGCCACUAAAUUGCAACAUGGCCGGAAGCGAAGGCGCGGCCAAGGCGCUGCACGACAGGUCGGUGGGGCUGAAGCUGGGCGAUCGCUUUCCGGACUUCGAGGCGGACACGAGCACGGGCCGCAUCAAGUGGCACGACUACAUCGACGGCAGCUGGGCCAUUCUCUUCUCGCACCCUGCUGACUUCACCCCCGUGUGCACGACGGAGCUGGGCAGCGUGGCGAAGUUCGCAGAGGAAUUCGCGAAGAAGGGCGUGAAGGUGGCGGCUCUGAGCUGCGACAGUGCUGACUCGCACCGCGCGUGGAUUAGCGACAUAGAGGCCUUCACUCCAGGCGUCAAGGUCACGUAUCCAAUAAUCGCGGACCCGAAUCGCGACAUCGCGGUGAAGCUGGGCAUGCUGGAUCCCGUGGCGAAGGACGCGGCGGGGCUGCCUCUGACUGCGCGCGCCGUGUUCGUGGUGGGCCCGGAUAAGACGCUCAAGCUCGCCAUCCUGUACCCCGCCACCACCGGACGCAACUUCCAUGAGAUCUUGCGGGUGAUAGACAGCCUUCAGCUGACUGCCAAGUACAGCGUGGCGACGCCAGUGGAUUGGAAGCACGGUGAUGACGUCAUCGUGGCUCCAUCAGUCAGCAACGAGGUGGCUAAAGAGAAGUUCCCCAAGGGCAUCAAGACCGUGGAUCUUCCCUCGGGCAAGUCUUAUUUGCGGACUACACCACAGCCAGAUCUGUGA